GGAUGAUUCGAUUUCUGAUGCCAUUGUAUUUAGUAAUGUCCUGUAAAUAAUUUAGAAUUUUUUGUUGACCGAAAUAUGUGAAUACUGGGAAACGGUAGCAGCUGCCAACCUAGUUCUUCCAUCAACUACAUCCCACGGCUAACGGCAACUUAAAUCCACUGAAUACGUGUAGCUAUCUCUUCGCUUAGCAUUUCGACCCAAUUCCAACGGCUGAAAACAAAAGCGGCACGGCAUCUGCAAUGUAGUCCAUGCUUCAUGCAAGCCUGCCCUGCGCUUGCACUUCGCCUACUCUGCGCCUCUCAGGCGGGGUUGAUAGACAACAUUCGCAACAAAGACUUCAGCUUAUCAACGCCAAGUACGCCCGAUCAACAUAUCUGCUUCCGUAUUAACCUCGUUUACGGUGUUUCUGGUCAAACGAUAUGAAUGUGCCGGCAUAAUGGUGGCGACAUGACAACCAGACCUGGGGUCUAGAGCGAACAUGGCUACAGCUGAUCCAUGCACCAGGGGCGCCAACAACCAAGACACGGGCCGGUGAAGAUCUUAUUCCGCGUAUUAAAUGAUUGCUUGAACUUUAGAAGCGGCUUGGUAUAAAGUAGGCGAAUCAACAAUCGAAACAGAGCGUCUGGUGUACCGAACAACAGAGAGUACUUUGUUAACUACAGUAUUUUAGCACUAAGUUCUUCGCUUUAACCAUGUCAAGUCUCCCUACCGAUGCCCCUCCCUCAUACGAGGAUGUUGUGAACAAGUUCAAUGGCUUAGUCGGCGGUACUCGCGACCCCAAAGCCGUCUUGGACGUGGCAGAUUGCCUGUCUGCGGAGGAACUGGAGAUUUUAACAGCCAACCACAGCAAAGACUUCCCUCUCAAGACCGAAAAUGAUACAAAGCAAUACGUUAUGGCUGCAACAGAGACAUCCAGCUCCCCUGAAAUGACUCCGUUUCUGACCCUCUCGGCAAAUGCGGCGUCACAGGUUGCAGCAAAUGUCAGUCACUCGUUCAAUAGAGUCCAGUUUUUGCUGGCAAAAGUCGACCAACACUCACGACCCAGCUUUGAAUCGAAAUUCAUUACUAUCAAGUCUGGGUUCCAAGACACCGUAGAUGAAAGCCGAAGCGUAGCGGCCAAAAUGGCGGCGAGCGUUGCACUGUUGGACAGUAACGAACUACCGUAUGCCCACGACGCUCGUGCGUCUGUCGCAGGAAGGAUCACAAAAUUGGAAAAGUAUAUUAAGACGUCUGAGGAGCUACAAAGCGCUAGCACCGGCGUCACUGACAAACUGACGCGAGUAACGACGUCUCUCGACGUAUUCACCACCGAAUUUCUCCAGUGGAGCGAAGAUAAAGAAGGAGAACUAACUGAAAAGAUUCGGAUAAUUAAACAACAGCUUGUUUCCCUUGCUAGACAACUGGGUGAAGCCGAAACAUCUCUGGCAACUAUGACCCAUUUGUCACAAGGCGUUGCACCGAUCAUGACGGCGCUUGGUGCAGCAUUCCCGCCUUAUAGUGGGCUUAUUGCGAUUGGCGGGCUGCUCAUCUCUGGAUUGAGUUUGGCUGCGACGACGGCUCUCGUUCACCGAAUCAACAGUCUUAAGAGUGAUAUUGCGGCAAAGACCAAGGAAAAAGAAGAGCUUGGGGCAGAACUAGAAGCCGUCCGACAGGCUAGAGAAGAAGUUGAGCAAACCCAAACAGCGAACAUUUCAUCCUUUGGCGAUUGCAUAGCCGCUAUGCCGGCCGUUUCCAUUUCCACGGUUGAUGAGGCUAAAAGUGUUCUAUCCUGGCUCAAAGAUGGUGCCGACGACAACAACCGCACUCUGUACGCGCAGAUGAACUUGAACAAUAACGUCAGAAGCUAUAGAGCUAUGUCAACUUACUUGCAGACGUUUGCAUCUGCCAUUUCCCCCCUCUGCAGCCAGCCGGAGCCAAAGGAGUAGAUACGUAUUCCACGUUAUAUUUGACGCUAAAUUCAAUCAAUAUUUAAUUCUUUGUACUGCUUUGUACGGUAUAGUGAACAAAGUAGCUAUUGCGCCCCAGUUAUGGCAAGCUGCUUAGUGACCAUCGCCGAUCGGUGGUGUAGUUGACGC